UAGUGUGUUGAAACUACAUAUUAAUGUAAUUGUAACGUAGGGAGUAAUCGUGUGAAAGUAAUAUAUAUAUUUAUUUUGUACAAAGUAUACCUCGAUCAAAGUAGGCCUCAUUGACAAUAUUUGUGUGGAUUUUUUGCAGACUGUAUUUCGAAAAUUGGACGCUAUUUAUAAAUAUUUUGUAUAUUGGCAUGACUAAUAAUAAUUUAACUUGUACUUAGAAUCUAUCCCAACUCUAGUGUGCAGUCGUGUACAUAUACCUAUAACCGAAUCUACCUAAAGUGUGAAUAUCUAUGACUUGGAAUGUGCGAGCCAAAAUCUCCAAAAAGGAGUGAAAAAAAAACUAUAACAAGACUCUAAAUUUAGCCCGAUUGUUUUUAUUUUAAUGUUAUGUUUUUGAUUAGAGGUUAACAAUUUUGAAUCUUAAAAUAUAUGUCAUAAUUUGUAUGAGUGCAACUGUAUUUAACCUCUCCACUGUCUGUUUAAUUGCCAAGUUGAGAGAUAAGUAUUCUAAUUAAAUAAACAUUAAUUUACCAAAAUGCCUGAUAUAAAGAUAACACCUCUUGGAGCUGGUCAGGAUGUUGGCAGGAGCUGUAUAUUAUUAUCAAUGGGUGGCAAGAAUAUAAUGCUGGAUUGUGGUAUGCAUAUGGGUUAUAAUGAUGAACGAAGAUUCCCUGAUUUUUCGUACAUAGUUCCCGAAGGUCCUAUCACAAGUCAGAUUGAUUGUGUAAUAAUAUCACACUUCCAUCUUGAUCACUGUGGUGCAUUGCCCUAUAUGUCUGAAAUGGUUGGAUACACUGGUCCCAUUUAUAUGACACAUCCAACGAAAGCAAUUGCACCAAUUCUUCUAGAAGAUAUGAGAAAAGUGGCUGUUGAGCGGAAGGGUGAAUCAAAUUUUUUUACAUCACAGAUGAUUAAGGACUGUAUAAAAAAGGUUACAGCUGUAACUCUACACCAAUCUGUAAUGGUUGACAAUGAGCUAGAAAUAAAGGCAUAUUAUGCUGGUCAUGUCCUAGGGGCCGCCAUGUUCUGGAUAAGAGUUGGUUCUCAAUCUGUUGUGUACACUGGAGAUUAUAACAUGACACCUGAUAGACACUUGGGUGCUGCAUGGAUAGAUAAGUGCAGACCAGACUUGCUAAUAUCAGAGUCUACUUACGCUACUACCAUCAGAGAUUCAAAGAGAUGCCGUGAAAGGGAUUUUCUUAAAAAAGUUCAUGAAUGUGUUGAGAAAGGUGGCAAGGUUCUGAUUCCUGUGUUUGCAUUAGGAAGAGCUCAGGAAUUGUGUAUUUUACUUGAGACAUACUGGGAAAGAAUGAAUUUAAAAUAUCCUGUAUAUUUUGCCUUAGGUUUGACUGAGAAAGCCAAUAAUUACUAUAAGAUGUUUAUCACCUGGACCAACCAAAAAAUCCGUAAGACAUUCGUACAACGCAACAUGUUUGAUUUUAAACAUAUAAAACCUUUUGAUAAAUCAUACAUAGACAACCCUGGAGCAAUGGUUGUGUUUGCAACACCAGGGAUGUUGCAUGCUGGUUUAUCUCUAAACAUAUUCAAGAAAUGGGCACCAUAUGAGCAAAAUAUGCUGAUCAUGCCAGGAUUUUGUGUCCAAGGAACUGUUGGGCAUAAAAUAUUGAAUGGUGCUAAGAAAAUAGAGUUUGAUAAUCGGCAAGUAGUUGAGGUAAAAAUGGCUGUUGAAUACAUGUCUUUCUCGGCUCAUGCAGAUGCUAAAGGUAUCAUGCAGCUAAUACAAUAUUGUGAACCAAAAAAUGUUUUACUUGUACAUGGGGAAGCACAAAAGAUGGAAUUCCUCAAAGACAAAAUUGAGAAAGAGUUUGAUAUAAGCUGCUACAUGCCAGCAAACGGUGAAACAGCAACAAUAACAACUCCAACUAAAAUACCAAUAGAUGUAUCCCUUAGACUACUGAAAGCCGAAGCUGUUCGAUACAAUGCUCAGCCUCCAGAUCCUAAAAGGAGACGUGUGGUCCAUGGUAUUCUUUGUGUGAAAGAUAACCGGCUAUCAUUCCUUGAUAUUGAUGAAGUAUGUGAGGAGAUUGGUAUUAGUAGACAUAUCAUUCGCUUUACAAAUACAGUUCGUUUUAAUGAUCCUGGGCCUGCUGUGAAGACAGCGGAGAAGCUCAAAGGACUGUUAGCAGAAAAACUCCAAGGUUGGUCCAUCUCUAUAUCUGAUGGAAAUAUUUCUGUUGAAUCUGUGCUGAUAAAAGUCGAAGGAGAAGAUGAUAAUACGAAAAAUAUUUAUGUUUCAUGGACAAACCAGGAUGAAGAUUUAGGUGGUUAUAUUUUGGGAUUGUUACAAUCGAUGGUACAGUGAUGUUAGUAAAAAUAAGUAAUAAUUAAUGUACAAAGUAAAUGUUUUUAUUUUUAACUACACCAUGUUAUAUCACUGUUGCAUUUCCCUUGAUACCAAUAAUGUUGCAGUUUGUUGAUUUUGUUUAAAUUUAUUGAUCCAUUAUCCACCCUUGAGUUUGGUUUCUGUAAGAAAAAAAAUAAUCAUGUAUUUUUCUUGUUUAAAUAAUAAAUUCAUAGACCUUAUUAUAGAAA